CAAUCUCUCUUAUUGUCAUCUUCCAAAUUUUCGGACACACUCAACCACUAAUCCUCGUACCCCAUUUUCUCGUCAAAAUAUCGCUGCGCUGAUAUUUUACUUUUCUUUUUCACUCACUCACCUCUUCUUCUUCUCUUUGUUCGUCUUAGUAUAAUCACGUUCCAGAAGCGAUUUGUUUCGCUUGCUGCAAUCUUUGGAGGUGGAAAAAUGAAAAGCUAAAAGCAAAAACAAAAACCAAAAAUCUCCGUUUAGGUAUUUCAUUUCAUCCGGAAGUACUUCACAUAAGGUAGGAAGGAAAAGAUGUUUACAUGCAUAGCUUGUACGAAGCAAACGUCAGAUGAGAGGGAUGAAGAAGGAGGAGGGAGAGAGAGUGGCACGCCUAGUACUAAAGAAGCCGUCAAAAGCCUCACCACUCAGAUAAAGGAUAUGGCACUAAAGUUUUCAGGUGCAUACAAGCAAUGCAAACCAUGCACAGGAGGAGGAUCAAGUAGCUACAACAAGAAAGGACAGAGAGCAUAUCCUGAUUUUGACACAAUCUCAGAAGGGGUUCCAUACCCUUAUAUUGGAGGUGCAAGUUCAAGUUCAACACCUGCAUGGGACUUCACUUCAUCUAACUACCCUGGUGCAAGAUACACAGGGGACCGUACCCCUAGAGGACGUGAUUCUGCAUCAGUAUGUGAUGUUGUCUUAGAGGAUGAUGAUGAACCAAAGGAAUGGAUGGCACAGGUUGAACCAGGUGUCCACAUUACCUUUGUUUCUCUUCCUAAUGGUGGAAAUGAUCUCAAGAGAAUUCGCUUCAGCCGUGAGAUGUUCAAUAAAUGGCAAGCUCAAAAAUGGUGGGGAGAGAAUUACGACAGAAUAAUGGAACUUUACAACGUCCAAAGAUUUAAUCGACAAGCUCUCAAUACUCCUCCAAGGUCUGAGGCCGAUGAGCAAAGAGAUUCUACAUACUCAAGAUUAACAUCAGCAAGAGAAAGUCCUAUGGCAUCAAUAAAGGAUUGGACACCAAGGAGUCACUACAAACCAUCUAUGGAUCAUGGUGGUGGGGGACAACAGUUUCAAGCAGGGUCAUCAAUGGAACCAUCAAGGGCAACAACCUCAUCUAGGGAUGAACCUUCUAUUAGCAAUGCAAGUGAAAUGGAGUCAGAAUGGGUAGAGCAAGAUGAGCCUGGAGUUUACAUUACUAUCAGACAGUUAGCUGAUGGUACUAGAGAGCUUAGACGUGUCAGAUUCAGCCGGGAAAGAUUUGGAGAGGUAAAUGCAAAAACAUGGUGGGAAGAGAACAGAGAAAGAAUACAAGCUCAAUAUCUAUGAACUCUUAUUCCUUACAAAAAUCGAAUCCUUAAUUUUGUUCCCUAGAGAUUGCGGUUAAUCUAACUGCCAGAAAAAUGAGACACAAAGGAUGGAACUGUUAAAAAUUACACUAUCACAUGAUAGUGCAAAUCAGGGAUUUUAUUUUGUGGUCACCCUAUUUUUGCCAAAGAUUACUUGCUAUUGGUUUCGGAUGUCUAAUUUUUUUAUUCUUAUUUUCA